AUUAGCCUUUACAGUUUCCAAGAAAUCGUACAUUAUCAUAAAUCAUAAGCCUUAUUCCUUUUGGAUAAUUUGAUUGUGAUAUGAGUCUCGAUGGAGCGUGGUGGCCUUUUGUGUUUUGUAUAAUUCGUGACAUUCGUGUUCUUAAUUGUAAAACAUAAUUUUUUGCCUGUUGCACAAAAUGUUUGGAAGGAGCCUGAAGACAACGAAGAGGCUGCUACAUCACCCCACUUCACUGCGCACCGUCGAGUACCAAAGGUCGCUGAGGAAAAAUUAUGGUACAGGAAAUGAUGCCGGUGUUCAAGAAGUAGUGGCAAAAAAUUCACGGUGGUGGAGCUGGUCAAACCUGAUUUAUCCCAUCCCCACUGGUGUAGGGUUGACAUUACUAGCUGUACUUCAAUGGCGUCGUUUAAACAAGCAACAGCCAGAAAACGAACAACAACCCAUCUAUACGCGGAAUCUAAGGCUAUCAUUUUACAAAGCAAUACCAUUAAGAGCAAUGUCACGUUUAUGGGGUUAUAUUUCAGGAUGUUACAUCCCUAGGCAAUUGAGAUAUUGGUUAUAUACUGCUUACUCCAAACUAUUUGGCGUUAUUAUAAAUGAAAUUGAAUUACCUAUGGAGUCGUAUAAAAGUUUAGGAGAAUUUUUUUCUAGGCGUUUAAAAGAUGGAGCUCGGCCAAUAUGUUUGGACAGGCCAAUGGUGUCUCCUGCUGAUGGUACCAUAGUGAGUGUUGGACGUGUUACGUCCUGUCAAGUCGAACAAGUUAAGGGUGUCACAUAUACUAUCAAGUCAUUUUUAGGUUCACCAACUUGGCAAGAAGACAUAGUUUCAUCAAAAUUAGAAUCCUCACCAGUGAAUACUGCAGAAAAAAGUGAUAUGAUGAAACAAGACUCUACAUCCAAUAAUAAUUAUAGUGGUUGGUCCAUUAAUUCCACUUUCCUGUUUUACCAUUACGGUCUUCUCACUAUGCACAUGUAUUGCAUCAAUUUCAUAUUCAACUUCCUCUCACAAGGCGUAAGCUUUUUUAGUCUUUCGUUUAAGAAACAAGAUGUAACAUUGUCUGACGAUACACAAGAAAAAACUGUGUCUGUUGAACGACAAGACGAAAAUGAUGAUGAAUGUCAGCCAUUUGAUCCUCAUUGGAACGAAUAUAAAUCAAAAUUAUUGCACAAUCCAGACAAUGAAUUGUAUCAGCUUGUGAUUUAUUUAGCUCCAGGAGAUUAUCAUAGAUUUCAUUCACCAGCUCAAUGGACUGUUAAAUUUCGAAGACAUUUUCAAGGUGAAUUAUUAAGUGUCAAUCCAAAAAUAGCCCGUUUACUACCAGAUUUAUUUGUGCUGAAUGAGAGAGCAGUAUAUAUUGGGGAAUGGGAACAUGGGUUUUUCUCAAUGACUGCUGUUGGUGCUACAAAUGUAGGAUCCAUCAAAGUACACUCUGAUAAGGGAUUGGAAACUAAUAAGCGAUGUCGCCGAAAAGACUUUAAUCAACAUGACCGUCCGUUUUCAACUCAAUGGUCAAUGGGACAAGAAGUUGGAGAAUUCAGAAUGGGAUCAACAGUAGUCUUGUUAUUUGAAGCACCCAAAAGGUUUAUUUUUGACGUGGAAGCUGGGCAAACCAUACAAAUGGGACAAGCUCUUGGCAAAAUAGAAGUUUCGCACGCUGAUUAUAUUACUUCAAAAUGAAUUGAGUAAUUAAUAAAAAAAAUUUUAAAAUUC